UUACUGCAUGUAAGUACAUUUCUUCUGUAAAUCUGCCCUUCUUCAUAAUUAUAUAACGUUAUUUGAAAGUAGAUACCUUUUAAGAAAACAAAAAAUAUGUGGAAAACAAAUGAUCAUUUAGAUGUCACCUUGCAGUCGGCUUCAACUUUGUUUAUGUUGUCAGUGAUUGUUAUAUAACUUUCCCGCAGCUGUGAACUGGCUGCAUUUAAAUCUUUUUGAAUUUAACGAAUUAUUAUAUUCAACUUUAAUUUUUAAAUAAUCAUCUGAUUUAUACGAAAAUAAGGAAGCAAGGAAGCGAACGGGGGAUAUUUGUCUUGACCUUAUCCCGUUAUCCUUCCUACUUAAUUUAUGAUUAAUUUGUUUUAGCGCUUCGGGUUCGUUAAAUCUAUCAUUAUGUCUCGCCGUACUAACGAACUUAUCGGUUUAUUCAAAGGAAUCGAAAGUAUUAGCAAAGCCUUAAUUGAAAUAAAUUCAAAAGAAUUAAAUACGUUCUGGCAAAACUCUAGUCUGAAAACAGCUUCCGAAAAUGUUGCAAGUUGUGCUUCUCAAAGAGUUCAGACCUCUGGUUUCAGUGGAUCUGAUGCUCGCCAAAGAAUAUCUGAUAGCUUUCAAAUAUUGUCACAACAGACGUUUGGCAUUUUUAAUGCACUCUUUAAUCAGAACUCCUUGAAAAAAGAUAUUGAAGUUGAAGAAUCGGAUGAAGAUGUCCUGUCAGAUUUCCCAAAUAUUUAUAAUACUGAAGAUGGAAUCGAUGACAUAGUUAUCCAGUCAGAGUUGUUUGCUCCGAAAUCUACUGAAGAGAAGGAACAAAUCUCCCCAGAUAUAAAGGAAGAGAGAAACACCAUAGAAGUACCUGCAGUAGAGAUGGAACCUCCUAAGAAUUUAUCUGAUGAGCAAUCUUCACAUGAAUAUGAGACUGUAACGACUAUCAAGGACCCUGAAUUACUUUCACCAAAGUACAAUCUGGAAACUAAACAAGAGCUAUCUAGUAUAUCAAAAGAAAGGCGUGUACCUUCAUCCAGGAUUGCAAGGUUAGUUAGUUACAGUGGUCUAGCUGCUGGCCUAGGUAUUGGAGCUUUGGCAGAAGUCACACGACGAACACUAGGAAAGAAAACUCCAGAUCAAGUUAGUAAAACAAUACUUGGGCCUAGUCCUUUCAUGACAGAAGCCAACAUUGAACGAGUAGUAAGCACAUUGUGUCGUGUGAGAGGAGCAGCUCUAAAGCUUGGGCAAAUGAUGAGCAUACAAGACAAUACUUUAAUUAGUCCUGAACUCCAAAAAAUAUUUGAACGUGUUCGUAUGAGUGCAGAUUUCAUGCCAAAAUGGCAGAUGAUGAAGAUAUUAAAUUCUGAACUUGGUUCAGAAUGGCAAAACAAAGUGUUAUCUUUUGAUGAGAAACCUUUUGCAGCAGCAUCAAUUGGCCAAGUUCAUCAAGUUACACUUCUUGAUGGAAAGAUGGCAGCAAUGAAAAUUCAGUAUCCUGGCGUUGCAGAGAGUAUUGACAGUGAUAUAAAUAACUUGAUGGGAGUAUUAAAAAUAUGGAACUUCAUUCCCAAAGGUGCUUAUCUUGAUAACAUGAUAGUUGUUGCUAAAAAGGAGUUAACAUGGGAAGUUGAUUAUUCCAGAGAAGCUGAAUGUGGACAAAGGUUUUAUGAACUUCUGAAAGAUGAUCCUGUUUUUGUAAUUCCAGAAGUAUACAAAGAAUUAAGUACAUCACGAGUUUUAACCACAGGUUAUAUUGAAGGUGUUGCAAUUGAUAAAUGCAUUGAGAUUGAUCAAGAAACAAGGGACUGGAUUGGUAAACAUUUACUCAGGCUAACUCUAAAUGAAUUAUUUAAUUUUAGAUUUAUGCAAACUGAUCCUAAUUGGGCAAACUUCUUUUUUAUUCCUGAAACAAAACGAAUUGGUUUGUUGGAUUUUGGUGCUAGUCGCGAAUUUAGUAAAUCUUUUGUUGAUAGAUACAUGAAAGUUAUAAAAUCUGCAUCUGACCAGAAUCGUGAUGGUAUUCUCAGUGGCUCCCUUGAACUUGGAUUUUUAACUGGAUAUGAAACUAAAGUAAUGGAAGAAGCUCAUAUUGAUGCUGUAAUGAUUUUGGGGGAAGCUUUCUCGUUUGAGGGAGAAUUUAAUUUUGGUACCCAGAAAACUGCAAAACGCAUUCAAAACCUUGUUCCUGUCAUGAUAGAACACAGAUUAACGCCACCUCCAGAGGAAUCUUACUCUCUUCACAGAAAAAUGUCUGGUGCUUUUCUUUUGUGCACAAAAUUAAAAUGUAAAGUAAACUGCAAGGAACUUUUUGAGAAUGUAUGGAACAAUUUCCAAUUUGAAAACACAAAUGUGAACCAAUGAUAUUUUAAACAAAGAAGUAAUUUAUCGUUUAUAUAGAAAUGUUAUUAUUUUUCUUUUCUCAUUUUUGUAGAUAAAUUGUUUGAAAGGUCUGUAAAGUGAGUGUUAUUGAAUUUAAAUUCAUAUAGAAAAAAAAAAGAUUAACAUGUCCCUAUGCAUCUUACUGGAGUUGACUUUGCCUUUCAUUCUUCUGGGGGAAAUAAAAAUCAAUACCAGUUAUAUACUGUGGUUGAUUCAUUCUGAUAUAUUUCAUAUGUACAAAUAUAUGUUCUUGUGUCAGCAUUUUAUUAAACAACUGUACAUUCUUACACAUGUUCUCUGCAUUGCAUAUGAGUAUAAGAAUUAUAUUUCUACAUAUUUUUUAUUUCUUUUCCCAACUACUUAUUGCCAUUUGACAAUUGGUUAACUGUACGACUUUCCAUUAAGUUGAUUAUACUUAGAGCUGCAACUGUCGGAAUUCCCUCACCUCUGCUCACAUUUUCGUGCUAACAUUGAUACACAAAUGAUCCAACUGAACUUCAACUGCAAAGAUCUCAUCAGUCUUGCGAGGGCUGCAAAAGACAAGGACACUACAUCCCUUCUUCUAAAACCAAAAGCAACAAAAAAAUAUGUAUGAAAAUUAAGUUUUCUUCAAACUUUAUUUUAAGAAGUUCUAAAAAUUCGAAAGUAGAUUCUCUAAUUGCCUUCUGUAUAUGUUCCAGCAGUACAAUUAUAUUACACUUUGUUCGUGGUGUUAUAGAUGAUGAAAGACCUUUUAAUACGGGUAGAUUAAUUUGGGAAUAUAUGUGGCUUCAGCAGGAAUAACUACGAGUUAAUAACAGAAGGGACAUAACUAUGCUGUGUUAAUAAAACUUCGUGGUUGACAAUCA